GUGUUUGUAUGUGUACGCAAGCUGGAGUUUUACUACACCGAGAGCGAAGGAAAAGAGAAGGGAAAGAGAGAAGGGCGGAGGGCUUGUGUUGCUGAAAGGGAGAGGAAUUUUGUUUUUGCUGCGCGACGAGAGGGCGGGCAGUGACGGUCGAAACCAAAACAAGACGCUGCACGGCUCACGGAUUUCCGCUGAAAAUUUUUACUUUUCUGGCUGGCUAGUGAUGCGGUUUGGUUUCUGAAGCUGCUGAAUUCUUGUGGAUUCCCUGACAAGAGAAAAUUAUCACACAAUCUUCGCAAUGGCAGGACUGAUAAGCAAGGAUUACCUCGAGUUUUUCACGGACUUUGUAAACGACCUGAACGAGCACGACCAGUUACCAGUACCUGUUUCGGCUUACAAUGUCGACGACGAGGAGCUAAUUGGCGACUUUGUCAACUGGCUUCUGCAGUACCUCAACCAAAAACACUGCCCUCUGGCCCUGCAGGCGCCCCUCGUGCGAUCCGUGGUGGACGAGAUGCUUCGCUUCUGCAGACACGACCCGGAGGCCAAUUCGCUCAGGGAUGACAGCGGCCAGUUCAGCCAGCUGAGACUGAUGCAGGCCUGCAUGGCGCGGGUGAACGCACUUUGCGUCAGGUUGCACCAGGCCCCAGAGAUGUUUGUGCCACCGCCAUCGCCGAAAUUCACCCCUGUGGCCUCACACGCUGUGCGCAGCAGUCAGCGCCGCGGCAUGGAGGACCGGCAUGUCGUCGUCAACGACUUCAACGGCAUCUUCAACGUUCAGGAUGACACGUCGGCCAGUUUCUACGCAGUCUUUGACGGUCACGCAGGAGCCGACGCGGCUAUCUUCAGUGCCUCACACGUCCACCAGUUCCUCGCAGAAAGCCAGUUUUAUCCUUCUAACCCAGUGGAGGCUCUGAAAGACGCAAUUUUACGCACUGACAAUUUGUACCUGAAGAAGGUAGCAGCAGAGCCAAGAUACCAGAGUGGCACAACGGCGCUGUGCACCCUGCUGAGAGGGAAGAUGCUGCAUGUGGCGUGGGUGGGCGACUCACAGGCUGUGCUCGUACGAAACGGAAAGGCUGAGUCAGUUGUUGACCCGCACAAACCAAAGAGACCAGACGAGGAGGCGCGAAUCCAUCAGCAGGGUGGAGUAGUCAUUUUCCACGGCAUGUGGAGAGUAAAUGGACAGCUCGCAGUCUCAAGAGCGAUUGGUGAUGCGAACUUCAAACCCUAUGUGUGCGCGGAGGCAGAGGUGCGAAGCAUACCCCUUCGAUCAGAGGAGGAAUUCCUUAUAAUGGCCAGUGACGGCCUCCUCGACUUUGUUACCCCCCAGGAGGCUGCGUACGCUGUAUUUCAGCAGUUGCGUGACAAUCACGAGAACCUAAAUGCAGUGUGUUCUCGACUGAUCAACCUCGCGAAGCAGAACGGCUCCACCGACGACAUCUCAGUGAUCGUCAUCUUCCUCACCGACCCGCAAGAGCUCGCCAAGAAAGCGCCAGGCUACGGCAUGGACUCGCAGGACCUGAUCGACGCGGCGCCGGCUUCGCCGCCGCAAAUCAACGGCAACAACCAGUGGCGCAACCCUUACCACUUUGAGCAGGCGGGCCCCAAGGCGCUCGAACUGCACGCCUUCGCCCAGAACGACCUCGACCUUGGACCCGAGACCAACAUAGACAACAUCGGCGACUCGGACGAUGAGGAUGAGGAACUCAAAAUCAUCCAGCAGCAGAGCUCUCGUUACGAUGGUGCCAGAGACCCGCAGGAGGACACGCCGACCCCGCCCGCAGACCAGGCCGGGAGCGCGGACAAUGCGUGUGGCAUCGACCCAGAUGCGGACAAUGAGAGCGAUUCGGACGGUGACGAGGACUGGCAGUACAUCAAAGUAGAACCGAGCAAGGAGGAGGCGUGCGAACAGCUGCUGCCGCAGCACCAGGCCGAGCAGUUGCCUCUGCCCGUGGACCCCGAGGAGGAGAAAAAGGACGAGCCCAAGCCGGUGCUCGAGGACGAACUGCUCUUCAUCUCUGAAUCCGCUCAGCCGCAGCAGCCACAGGAGAUCGCCUCUCAAUUCGACCAGCUCAACGAGUCUUUUGAGCUGAGCCAGCAAGUCGAGGCCAAGCUGAACCUCGAAGAGCUGCAGUUCGAGUUGGAAGCGCAGCCAGAAGCACAACCGGCCGAGGAGGCGUUCACCACCGAGGUGAAGCUGUCCAUCGGCAGUGAGCUCGUGCAGGAGACAUCCGAGUUUGAAGAGCCGCAGCAGCAGCAACAGCAGGAGCUGGAAGAGCCUUUUGAGAAGUUUGUGCAGGAGUUGCAGCACCAGCCAGAGGAGCCGCUAUUCACCGCAGAAGAGCUUCUUCCUGAGACCCAGCAGGUUCCUAGCAACCUUGAUCUUGAGAGUUUUGAUCCCGAAAUGGACUACAAACUGAACCCAGACGCCAAGGAGUUUGUGCCAGUGCACUCGCCCACACGGGAAACCUUCCCGCUGAGCCCCGAUGCUCCCAAUUUCGAGCCCAACGCGGAGGUAUCAGCCGCCGUGGACAUGUUCACAAGCCCUGUGGAUCCCGUCGACAACAUGAUUAACAUCGAGUAUGAGAGCAGACCCACCUUCCAGGGGGAGCUGAACCCGUUCGUCCUGAACGGCGCACCCUUUCAGGUGGAGGAAAACGUGGUUUCGUGCUCUUACGGCGUGGCAGAAGUCCCCAGCUUUGCCGUGCUCGAGACCGUCGGCACGCCUGACACCCCAGUCCAGCUCCCGGCAACCGACGCCUGGCCCACAGAGGCCCCGCUCGAGCAGCUGGAGCCUGUCCACGUUCAGGAGGAGCCUCUUAUACAGACUGGCCCUCUUUCUCCUGUCCAGGGCGAUGCGGUUGCUCCUGCUGCCGUAGACUUGUUGGAGGACGCUCCCGUGACCGCCUCCGACUUCCUGCUCGAAACCAAAGCUGAAGAACCCCCCAUUUCCGUUUCUCCUGCCAAAGAUGUGUUUGUUGAGUCCCCUGUCGAGGAGGAGCGGAUGAUAGCUUCGCCCGUGGUGCAAGAGGAGCCUAAGUCCCCGGCCACGGAGCCAGUUUCGCUUGUCAUGGAAGAACAGGAACAGCAGCAGCAACUGCAGCAACCUGACCUGCUUGAGACGCUGAUGCAGAAGAUCGAGGAGCCUCCACAGCCGCCGCAGCAGCAGCUGCAGGAGGAGGAACCGCCUCUCGUGGUUGAGCAGGUUGAGCCUGUUAAGGUGGAGGAGGUGGUGGAAGAGCCGGUGCCUGUGCAGCAGCCGACUCCGGAACCUGUGCAAUCUGAACCUGAACUGAAAAUCCAGGAGGAAGAACCUAAAGCCGUUGAAGCGCUUGUCGAGGCCGCAGCCAACCUAAAUGUUGAUGCUCCAGAGGAAAAUAAGGUACUGGAGGCAGCUGUCGUUGCCGGAGCGGCCACGGCCGUCGCCGCAGCCGCCGCCACUGUGGCUGCAACCUCACCCAAAAAGGCGGACACUAAGACGGCCCCAGCGGCCAAGAAGGCGGCCGCGUCCCCGACCAAGCCGGCCUCGCCGACUAAGACCCCCACAAAGCCAGCCAGCCCGACUAAGGCGGCCAGUCCAACCAAGCCGACGGCCACUAAGCCAGCCACCACUGCAAGGUCUGCUUCCGCAACCAGCAAGCCCGCAGGCACCUCCACCACCACGCCGAGGAAGCCUUCAGUGCCGGCAAAGGUGCCCCCUGCAAAACCCGCGACUCCAAAACCGGCCGCAGCUCCGUCGGCCAAGCCCGCGACCCCAGCGGCCAGGAAGACCUCUGCCGGCACGACGGCCACCGCGGCAGCCAGGCCCAAGCCGGCCACCACCACGGUCACCAGCUCCGUCAGGGUGACCCUGACGGCCAACAAACCGGCCGCCACGACCAGGGCGGCCCCGGCGGCCAAACCACGGCCAAUCACCGCCACGCGGCCGACCGCCAAUGGUGACGCGGCAAAGACCACAGCCAAGCCCGCGGCGGCCAAACCGGCGGUCACCAGGACUGCGGCCGCAUCGCCCAAGCCAGCUGCAGCGGCAACGGCCAGACCGGCAAGCAGGACCACCCCCGUGAACGGAGUGGCCGCCAAGACGAGCAGCCGGCCUGCGUCAGCCGCCUCCACCACCGCCGCGGCCAGGAAGACGUCAGCCACUGCAACGGAUGCGGCCAGGAAAACGUCUGUCGAGGCGGCCAGGAAGACUUCUGCCGCAGCAAGGCCGUUGUCGAGAACUACUGCUGCGGCCAAACCGGCGGCCAAGCCCACAGCGGCCGCGAAGACUGCUUCGGGCCCCAAGCCUGUGACCAAAGUGAGCAAGCCGGCGGCCAAGGUCGAAGAGGUGGCCAAGCCCGAGGAAGCGGCCAACGUGGUGGCCGAGGAGGUGAAGCAGGAGGCGACCACCAUGAACGGCAACCACCACGUCGAGGUGGCAGACCUCAUUUGAGUUGAUUCGAUUUUACAGAGACAGAGACUUGCUGCAUUUAGUGCAUCUGAUUUUAUUUUACGGUCAUUGCGAUUAUCUUAUUUAGUAAUUUAAGGUGCUUUCGUUGAAUUAUCCUCCUUGGUCAGCACAAAAGAAAAAUUAUUAUCUCUACUAUUAUACCGAGUUCUUUUUACCCCCCACCCCACCCCUAUGGAGUCCUUUUUUAUCUCGGGAGUUUAGCGUUACAUUGUGAUAAGUUAUGAGCAAAUAGUCGACGAAAUUACAGCCUGUCUUAAGGUGCCUUGUGUCUCUCCACUCCUAUAUGCUCUCACUUGCUUCCUCCUUCCUACUCUCCUUUAGUUUUAUUACUCUUACUCGUAUAAUGAUGAAUAUUGAUUAUUUAUGAACACAGUGGAUUUUUUAACGCAGUGUAAACUCGAUUUUCAAGUGUAAUCAAACAUUAUAAAUUCUGGAAUUCGCGGUUUCUUUUGAAUGUGAUAAGCGAAUAUACUUCUUUAAAUUAUGAAUACAUUUGUAAAACAAAAA